AUAGCCGAUGAACCGGCGAAGAAGAAGAAAUAAAAAUAGGAGCGAGAAAAGAGGAGAGAAAGAAAGACAAAACUGCUGCGAGAGCCCAAAAAGGAAAAAAAGGGAAAAAAUCACGUUGAAAUAUUUUCUGCCUUUCUACCUUGAAAUACAUCAUAUUUCAGAAAUCGAGGAUAACAUAGGAAAGAAAGGGAAAAAGAAAAAGAAAAACGAUCAGCAUCGUAGAAUUGAAGAGGAAAAACUUUUUCAUGAUCGUGAAAAUCAAUUGGAGAGAGAAUGGCUUUCGAACGAGUGAAUUUUUUUUCUUUUUUCCAUGAGUUUCUAGAAGGUGGACAAAGAAGGUGGAGGAGAGACAAAAGUAAAUAAAAACAAGUACGAUAAUGAAAUCCUCGAUUUCCUCGAAUGCACGGUGCAGCAGGAAAUUCGUUUGAAUACGGUUAGACGUUUAGCCAAAUUUACAAAAGAAACAGUAUCAUUCCAAGUUUAUGCAUUUACCUCUUAUUCUUACGAUAUAUCGCGAAGCGAACGAAUAACUUUCCUAAAGAGAACGAAUCAUCGAUUACUGCCAAGAUAUGUUAGUACUUGUUCUAAAUAUGGCGCCUUAAAAAACUGCGAGCCAGUUGACGACGAUUCAUCGAGACAUCGUAGUCAUGUCAGAUAUGUGCAAGGAGAAAAUGAAAGCAUAUCACCUUUUUGGCGUAUUUUAUAGACAUAUAUAUAUAUAUAUAUAUAUAUAUAUAUAUAUAUAUAUAUAUACAUAUAUACAUAUAUACAUAUAUACACACAUAUAUAUAAUAUACAUAUAUGCAUAGUAAAGUCGAUAGGGAGAACUGAAAGUUUUGUAACCUUUUUGAGAUUAUUUUACCGCUAAGCUGCAAAGUAUUUAAGCUGCCAAUCGAGGAUCAGAAUUUUAUGCAAACGUUUUUAGGAAAGAAAAAGAAAAAUUAAAACAAAAUUAUGAUGAAAAAAAAAAAAAAAAGAAAAAAAAAAGAAAAAAAAGAAGAAGAAAAGAAAAAAGCAAAACAAAAAAUUGAAUAUCUUAGAGGUGUAUGUGAUCGCGAAGGGCGGGUUGGGGUAUAUCUGUAAUAAAAACAAAAAGAACAAUACACCAAGAAAAAUAUACCGAGGUUUAGAUUUGUAAAAGUUUUUUGCCAAAGUAGAACGUAAGUCUACUUAGAAUAUACUUAUCAUAUAUGUACAAUAAGCCACUGUCGAUUUACUGGAUUUGUAAGAAGUCGAAAAGGAGAAAAGAAAGAAAAAAGAAAUUCACCGUUUCACGUCAAACAACGAUCAUAUUUCGAAGCGUAUUGGGAACACGCCUCGUACGUAACUUAAAUUGUACUUCAAUAAAAGUACAUGUAUGUGUGUGUGUGUGUGAUAUCAUUUCGAAUUUCAGCCAGCUUUUUGUUUGUCAUACGCGGACGAGGACCAAAAAUAAUGGAAUAGGAGAUAAAAGGAUUUAUUGGUUCAUUAAGAUUAAUUAUUAAUUUUAAGUGAAAAAAAAAUUAUGUAUAUACUAAAUUAUUAUUGGUCUUAUGAAUAUUUAGGUUCGUGAUAUCCACUCUCGAAAUUCAGGGAGGGAAAAAAUUAAGCUAGAUUAAGACCGAUAUUCUAUGUAUUUUUAUUUCUUCUAAUUGUCUGAUUUAUGUUCAAGAUAUUAGUGUACCGCAUGUAUUCUGAACGUUCAUUUUUGAAUCGUGUAAGUAUUUAAUGUAUUAUCGAAGCAUUACUUGGUAUAGAUAAUCUUUACUUGAUUGCGUUAUCGCCGACUGAUUCAAGUAAAUAAAUACAAUAUAAAGAUAAUAAUUUAUUGAAAGGUGCAUUUAUCGUUUGUAUUGAAUCGUUCUCACGUUUUGUUGCGUCUGAAAUAGGUAUUAAUUAGGUACUGUUGUUCUCCAAGUAUUUUGUGAUGUAAUACUUUUAUUUAAUUGCCUAUAUUAUACACGAUCCAUAAUUGGUGGAUCAAUGUCACAGCGUUGUGCUUACACUGUGAUACUCUUGUUAUUCUACUAGUACUCGAUAGUAACUCUCAAGGAAAUGCUCGGAAGGAAGAACAAGUCUAAGGAAGACCUAGCUAGGGUUAUAUCUGCAUGGUAUCGAUAACUGCGCCCCGUAGUUAGGGAGGAGAUUGUACGCGUAGCAUUCCAAAUUUAUUGACAAAGUAUUGAUUUGUAUCACUUUUGUAAAGUAGAUUUUUAAUCUCCUUAUUGCAAUUGGGGGAACUCCGUAAUGUUUUUGUAAAUUAUAUUUGUACAAUAUGAGCAAGUACGAUUAUCGGAGUCCAUGUUAUUAUGCAACUAGCGUUUACGAUCAUCCUUAACACAAUUUGACGCUUGAAUUUACAAUACUACAUUAUCGAAUAUGCUUAUUAAUUAGAAAUAUCGUGUGAUGUAUCGUAUGUGUGUCAAAAUAUUGAAGUAAUAAAAGGAAACAAGUAUGUCUUACUUCAUACUCCAUGUCUAUUGUCAAUGAAAACGAAUAAGAGAGUCGUCUUAUAAAAAUUAAUCCUAUUUAUUUAAAUAAAUAUUAAAAAUUUAUAACAUCAUGAACUUAAAGAAUUAGAAAUUUCCUAAGAUUUAACGGGUGUUAUUUAUAUAUCGAAGUAUAAUAUUCUUCUUCUAGGUCAUACAAAUCAGCCGCCAUAUCAUCUCUCAAAGAUGCCAAUUUCUGAUCGCAUUCGGCUUGCUUCGUUCUAAACAAUUUACUAUUGUGCGCUAUGGCAUCAUUCACGGAUGGAAAAUCAUUAAGAAUCAGAUACUGUUUUAUAUCGGAAACCAACUUCAUCAGUGAUUCACCGGCUCUAACAAUGUUAGCUGCCCUGACAUGCAUUUCAAAAGUGUCCUGUUCGCAUUGUGCCAUCCGUGAGAGUUGCGAAUCAUUUUCACCUUUAGCAAGCUUGACGAUUUCUGAAGACAAAGUAAUAUAAUAGAAAUGUAAAGGAAACUUUACAAAUAAACUUUGAUUUAGUUACAAAAAAGAGAAGAUGGCAAUACUCGAAGAACGUUCAAAUGUUCAAGGAAAUAAAUUUGAGAGAGAGGGUGCGAGAGAAAAAAGAGGGGGAGAACCUGUACGAACGUUCUUGAGAGCCACCUCCUUUAUCCCUACUACUACCCUCGAGUCCCGGGAUGGAAUCAAUAUGAAAGCUCCCGCGAAGCUUCCGUCUUCGACGAUAAGCACUUUAAUACGGACUGAAUAAGAUUGUAGUGAGUUCGAUAGACUUUCUUUUUCCUAUGAUAAUGGUCGAGUGUUACCAAAAAAUAGUGCACCGAUUUAUUUAAAGAUUGAAGAUCCUUUCGAUCGAGAGCAACUUCCCUCACGAGGGAAAAAAAGUUAAAGGAGGAUUUUUCGGAAGGGGCUGAAAAUGUUUCUUUAGUCGAGUUCAAAAUAGGACUGGUGUGAGAAUGAAGGGUACAAAAAAAGUGCGCCUCUCUAAGUCACGUUCAUUGGGCGUGUCAUAGGGACAAUUUUAAAGAUACGAAAAGAGAGAUAGAGGAAAGGAAUAAAAACAGAGAGAGAGAGAGAGAGAGAGAGAGAGAGAUUCAGCAACAGAAUGUUGAUCCUAAUCAUCAGCAUUUUGACGAUAGCUCGUACGAUUGUCGCUUCGUUACCACCUUCCGAUGAGAACGACAAUAUCCUCCACAUCGGAGGUAUUUUCCCGAUAGAAGGAGAGGGUGGCUGGCAGGGUGGUCAGGCAUGUAUGCCAGCCGUGAAUUUGGCACUGGAGGAUGUUAAUCGUGAGAAAAAUUUGUUACCUGGUUUCACCCUGAAAUUGCACUCCAAUGACAGCCAGUGCGAACCUGGCCUUGGUGCCUCGGUAAUGUACAAUUUACUCUACUAUAAGCCGCAUAAACUUAUGCUCUUAGCCGGAUGCAGCACGGUUUGUACCACUGUUGCUGAAGCAGCGAAAAUGUGGAACUUGGUUGUCCUAUGUUACGGUGCCUCGUCACCAGCACUAUCGGACAGAAAUCGAUUCCCGACUUUAUUCAGGACACAUCCAUCCGCCACCGUGCACAACCCCACGAGAAUCAAACUCCUACAAAAAUUCGGGUGGUCGCGUGUCGCCAUAUUGCAGCAAGCCGAGGAAGUGUUCAUUUCUACGGUAGAAGAUUUAGAAGCACGCUGUAAAGAAGCAGGAAUAGAAAUAGUCACGCGUCAGAGCUUUCUCUCUGAUCCAUCGGAUGCUGUGAGAAAUCUACGCAGACAAGACGCUAGAAUAAUCGUUGGUCUCUUCUACGUCGUAGCUGCUAGGAGAGUCCUCUGCGAGUUAUAUCGUCACAAUCUUUAUGGAAAGAGUUACGUUUGGUUUUUCAUCGGGUGGUACGAGGACAAUUGGUUCGAGAUGAAUCUCGACAAGGAGAAUAUCGCUUGUACUAAGGAACAAAUGAGACAAGCCGCUGAAGGUCAUAUUACGACCGAAGCUCUCAUGUGGAAUCAAAAUAACGAUACGACUAUCAGCGGUAUGACGUCGGAGGAUUUCAGGCAAAGAUUGAACAAACUAUUAAAGGAGGGUGGAUUUGAUAUCGAUAACAAUCGGUAUCCCGAAGGUUAUCAGGAAGCUCCGCUUGCGUACGAUGCUGUUUGGUCUGUGGCGUUAGCCUUUAACAAAACUAUGGAGAAGUUAAAUAAACUAGGCAAGAGCUUGAAGAACUUUACCUAUACCGACAAGGAAAUCGCCGAUGAGAUUUAUUCGGCUAUCAACUCGACCCAAUUCCUAGGAGUUUCCGGAUACGUAGCAUUUAGUUCGCAAGGCGAUAGGAUAGCAUUGACACAAAUCGAACAAGUAAUCGAUGGAAAGUACGUUAAGUUAGGGUACUAUGAUACGCAAAGCGAUAAUCUUACAUGGCGGAACAUGGAGCGUUGGAUAGGUGGGAAAGUACCUCAAGAUAGAACGAUAGUAAGGACGGUUCUAAGAACGGUAUCACUGCCUUUAUUCAUAUGUAUGGGAACUAUAUCGUCUGUCGGGAUAGUUAUAGCUAUUGUAUUGAUUAUUUUCAACGUCUGGAAUAGACAUCGAAGGGUGAUCAUGUCUUCUCAUCCGGUAUGUAACACGAUCAUGCUGGCGGGUGUGAUAGCCUGUUUCAUAUCUGUAUUUCUUCUUGGAAUCGACGGCAGAUUCGUUUCACCAAAUGAAUAUCCAGGAAUUUGUCAGGCGAGAGCUUGGACGUUGUCUACCGGUUUUACUCUUGCGUUCGGUGCUAUGUUCAGUAAAGUAUGGCGAGUUCACAGACUCACUACUAAAACGAAAGCCGAUCAGGCAAAGAAGAAGAUUCAGCCAUGGAAGCUAUAUACGAUGGUAAGCGGAUUAUUGGUAAUCGACAUCGUACUUCUUAGCACAUGGCAAGGAUUUCAUCCUUUGCAAAGGCAAAUCGAAGUUUUCCCAUUGGAAUCACCUCCAACCGGGGACGACGACGCGAGAAUAAGACCAGAGUUAGAGCAUUGCGAGAGCGAACACAAUAGCAUAUGGCUCGGAUCUAUCUAUGGUUACAAAGGUGUUAUCCUGGUCUUUGGCUUAUUCUUGGCAUAUGAAACGAGAAGUAUCAAAGUUAAACAAAUAAAUGAUUCGAGAUACGUAGGCAUGUCAAUUUAUAACGUAGUUGUAUUAUGCCUGAUAACGGCCCCCGUUACGAUGGUUAUAGCCAGUCAACAAGAUGCCAGUUUUGCUUUCGUAGCAUUAGCAAUUAUAUUUUGUUGCUUUCUCAGCAUGGCGUUGAUCUUUGUGCCGAAGGUAAUAGAAGUGAUUAGACAUCCCAGGGACAAGGCAGAAUCAAAAUAUAAUCCUGACGUAGGAUUGUCAAAGGAGGACGAAGAAAAAUAUCAAAAAUUAUUAAGCGAGAAUGAUGAACUACAAAAACUCAUUGCCGAGAAGGAAGAUAAAAUAAAGCUUUUGAAACAGAAGCUUAUCGAACGUGAUGCAUUAAAAGGAGGAGGUGGAAAUAUCGGAAAGGAUUCCUUGAUCGUAGCCGAUUUUGUAACCGGCGAGGGAACAUCGGACAGUGCAAUCGGUGGGGGUAUUUCUGUUAAUACAAGAUCCUCUCGAGCUUCCGCUUCCGAUUUUGAAUUGUCGGAAUCGUACUUAUAAAUUCCAAUCCAUUCAACCUCAUUUCAUUCGGAGACGUUUCGAGUAGACCAAAGUUUUGUGUAUUUUUUCUACCAAAACUAUGGUAUCAUGCAAUAGUCAUUGUCGGCGGUACUUAACGUAUGUAUCACAAAUAAAUAAUACUCUGUUACCUCUCAGAAAAUGGUAAGAGAAAGAAAAUAAUAGUAUUAAAGGUGAAAGUCGAAUUUUGUGUUAAAAUUAGCAAGCAUGCGAUGCUCGACGUCUAUUUGCCUAGAUUCGUACGAAUAUUACUUCUACGAAAGCAUAUUCUAGAUUUCUAUAUUCGUGUAAAUGUGUAAAUGUUAAACCGUCUGAAGUAUUCGAAAUCGCCCGUGCGCGUAAAUACGUCAUCGAAUUCGUAACUUCGUGUAAGUAGAAACUCGAUUAAACGUCAUUUGAAAUUCUAAUUCGAUGAUGAACGGAUUAAAUCUCGGCCUAGAUCAUUUCAAGCCGUUCUUUCGCGCGCGCACACGCACGCACGCACGCACGCACACACACACACACACACACACACACACAACCUCUAUCUUUCUCUAGAACGACUACAGUAUUCUUUUUCCAAGUUAUUAUACGGUCGGAUGCAAUAUUCGAUACGACAGCAAAUACUUGAAUCUAUGCUCGAAAAUGAUGCAUACGAAAAAUAAUACUAUAUCAAAAAGAAAAAACAAAAAAACAAAAAAAGAAGCAGAAAGAAAAGGAAACAAGCAGACCAUAACACAAUUUCUCAUUUGAUAUUACCUUAUAGAAUCCAAUCUUAAGGACCAACCUAAACCCUACAUGUUACAUAUAUUCCUCUAUGAAAAUAUUAAUUUUCGAUAUCUGAUAUACACGUAUAUAUUAUUUUGGACGAUUUUUUAUUUGUAAGUGUAAGAGGAAGCAUCUCCAUUUCUAAUAAGUAGGCACUCGUGAGAAGGUUGACCUGAGGGUUUGGAUAAUUUAGCGGUUAGAGGAGUCGCCCGGAAACCGAAAGACCUGGGUUCGAAUCACGUAUCAAACCACCCAAGGGCCCAACUUCUCUUACAAAUCCUACAGAAAAUGUAAAUUUGUAAUUAUUCGAAUCACUGACCACGUCAAAAAUCCCGGGUCCAAAGAAAGAACUUAUAUCCGAUCGUUUCUUGACGAUAGAAUUCGACAAAAGAUACAGAAUAUUUAUUUAUUUAUUUAUUUAUUCUUGCAUAAUCGAAAGUUCAAACAAUAACAAUAGGAUAAAGAGAUGUGGUAGGUUUCUUUGUCACCAAAACGAAUCUCUGUCUCUGUGGCAUCAAAUAUCGUUUAUUAUCGAAUAAAUAAAUUGUGUGAAACAAUUGCAGUUAAAUCUC